AUGAGGCCAUUAAGCAGUGUACCGUCAACUACAACAACAACAUCAACUAGUGUGAGUGAGAUCAAAAUAUGGAAGUCUCCAAUUCCUUACCUAUUUGGAGGCUUAGCUGUAAUGCUAGCUCUAAUAUCUGUGGCAUUGGUGAUCCUUGUUUGCUCCUACAGAAAGCGUGCUUCUCAUUCUUCACCUUCAGACGAAGACAUGAAACAAGCAAUGCCCAAAAUCAUUGAGAUAAACUCAGAGCCUGAGGUUCUUGUCAUAAUGGCUGGUGAUCACAACCCCACAUACCUUGCCAGACCAAUCUCUUCUUCACUUUAUUGCACUUGCGGGUCUCAACCAACCCCUUCAUCAAGCUCCACCAUUGACCAAAGUUUAACCAAUUAA